GAUAACAACAGGUAGAUACCCCGUUUAUAAAAAUACAAAAAUAAAAAUAAAAACCCUAACUUCUUUCUUCAAUCGAUUAUGUAUUGAAGCAUUGCAAGCUGAAAUAAGUAACAUCAGUAAACAGUUGACGCGGUAUGACAGUCCAGCAGAAUCUACCUCCAAAAUAUCGAACCCACGUCUACAAAACCCCACCUCGCUGUUUCCACCCCACUCUGCCUCUCACCUUCCCGAAUUUGUCCCUCAACUCAGUCUAUUAUAUCAUCCUCUCUUCCAUAUCCACAAAUUUAGCAUCAAGCCUUUCUCUACCUACGCAGCAGAUCAUCUAGGUCAGCUAAUCAAGGAAGAAGAAGAAGUCAUACAGAAUUAAUUGGCCGUUUAACAUGAGAGAAAUCUUGCACAUCCAGGCGGGGCAAUGCGGAAACCAGAUCGGAGGCAAGUUCUGGGAAGUGGUCUGUGACGAGCAUGGCAUUGAUCCAAAGGGAAACUACGUCGGCAACUACUCUCAUCUGCAGCUUGAGAGGGUAAAUGUCUACUACAACGAAGCCAGCGGCCACCGCUAUGUCCCUCGCGCCGUGCUCAUGGAUCUGGAGCCUGGAACCAUGGACGCCCUGCGCACCGGGCCCUACGGCCAGAUCUUCCGCCCCGACAACUUCGUCUUUGGCCAGAAUGGCGCCGGCAACAACUGGGCCAAGGGACACUACACCGAGGGCGCCGAGCUCAUCGAUUCCGUCCUCGACGUGGUUCGCAAGGAAGCCGAGAAUUGCGACUGUCUUCAAGGGUUUCAGAUCUGCCAUUCCUUGGGAGGCGGGACGGGUUCGGGGAUGGGGACGCUGCUGAUAUCGAAGAUCAGGGAAGAGUAUCCGGAUCGGAUGAUGCUAACUUUUUCAGUUUUCCCGUCGCCGAAGGUGUCGGACACGGUGGUGGAGCCGUACAACGCGACACUGUCGGUGCACCAGCUGGUGGAGAAUGCGGACGAAUGCAUGGUGCUGGACAAUGAGGCCCUCUAUGAUAUUUGCUUCCGUACCCUCAAGCUCACUAACCCCAGCUUCGGAGAUCUGAACCAUCUGAUAUCAACAACGAUGAGCGGCGUAACCUGCUGCCUCCGCUUCCCCGGACAACUGAACUCCGACCUCCGUAAGCUCGCCGUCAAUCUAAUCCCCUUCCCCCGCCUCCACUUUUUCAUGGUUGGCUUCAGCCCUCUCACCUCCCGCGGCUCCCAACAAUACCGCGCCCUCACCAUUCCCGAACUCACCCAGCAAAUGUGGGACUCCAAAAACAUGAUGUGCGCCGCCGAUCCUCGCCAUGGCCGCUACCUCACCGCCUCCGCCAUGUUCCGCGGCCGAAUGAGCACCAAAGAAGUCGACGAGCAGAUGAUCUCCGUCCAGAACAAGAACUCCUCCUACUUCGUCGAAUGGAUUCCCCACAACGUUAAGUCCAGCGUCUGCGACGUUCCUCCCAACGGGAUCAAUAUGUGCGCCACCUUCAUGGGCAACUCCACCUCCAUUCAGGAGAUGUUCCGGCGAGUGGCCGAGCAGUUCACUGUCAUGUUCCGAAGAAAGGCUUUUCUUCAUUGGUAUACAGGAGAAGGGAUGGAUGAGAUGGAGUUUACUGAGGCGGAGAGCAAUAUGAAUGAUUUGGUUUCAGAGUACCAGCAGUAUCAGGAUGCUGUUGCACAGGAAGAUGAUGAAGCUUAUCCUGACGAGGCUUAAUGAUUUAUUUAUUUGAUCGUUCGAUCAGCUCGAAUGUCUGGAUUGUUCGCUUGCUAAGUUACUUCUUUUAUUGAAUGUUGUGUGUAGUGUAGAGGUUGAGAAUGGGGGAGGUUUAAGAUGUGUGAUUUCUAUUAAUUGUAUUCUUGUUUGCUUUUGUAUUAUUUUUUAAUAUCGUCCGUGUGAAUGAUAUUUGAAAUUGUUGGCCACCA